AUGUCCCCGGACGCCCCAGGUGUAACUCACCUUGAUGUUAAGCAAGUCAUACGUAAUGUUGCAUUUGAAACCCUCAAAACUGUGCCAACCAGGCUGCUGUACACACCUACUGGCGUCCUGUACAACCGAGAUGCGCAGGUGUCGCAUUUUAUGCGCAGUCAACAAUACAGGCAGCUGGAGUCUCUAUGCACAACAUGCGGCGGGGACCAGCAAAUGGAACUCAUCCAUACUUGUGUUUCGAGACACUUUCAGUAUGUCACGUUUUCACACCGGUGGGGUGAAGACGAGCCAUCAUUGCGCGACAUCGAGGGCCGCGCGAUAUAUGAUAUGUCAGCAACGGGAGCCUUGAGAAAGCUCCAAUUCUUUUGUGCUGUUGCUUGCGAGCGGGAUUACUUAUGGGCGUGGAGCGACACGUGCUGCAUCGACAAAGAUAGCAGUGCCGAGGUGCAAGAAACGGUGGGGUCAAUGUUCGCGUGGUAUCGACAGUCCGCUUUGACCAUCGUAUACCUUUCUGACGUUCCUGACUCCGGCUCACUCGGAGACAGCGAAUGGUUCAGACGCGGAUGGACCCUGCAAGAACUACUGGCCCCCAAACGCAUACUAUUCUACACCCAAAACUGGUCGCUUUACAAGAACCUCGCAUCUUCGAACCAUAAAGCCAAUGACGUUGUGCUGGAAGAGCUGACGAGAGCAACUGGUAUAGAGUCCCAGUUCUUGUCCGACUUUUCUCCGGGUAUGGAUGACGCACGUUCGAGAUUGCAAUGGGCGUCAUUGCGUCGUACCACCCGGGCUGAAGAUAUCGCUUAUUCACUCUUUGGAAUAUUUAAUCUCCACUUGCCCGUUCUGUAUGGGGAAUCUGCUGAGAACGCGCUUGGCCGUCUCCUGGCCACAAUCAUAUCGCAGUCUGCAGAUAUCUCGGUUCUGGAUUGGGUCGGAGAGCCGUCACUGUUUCACAGUUGUUUCCCUGCUCACAUCACCUCGUAU